AGAGACUGAUGUUGAAUGAUGUCCUACCCUUGAUAGGUCUUCUCAUUAAUCUGAGAUGUGAUUAAUUUGAGGAGGCGACAGUCUCAGAAGAGGAGGCCCAGGUGUCAGGGACCCACUUGCCCAUCCGUUUUUCCAGAACAAUCACCAUGGUCUGCGGCCACUAUACCCUCCCCUAGAGAGCCCAAGACAUGAGCAUAACUGGCACUCUUGGCCUGCAGUUCCAUUAUUUCUAAUUCUUAAUAUUGCCCCCCUAAACGUGUGAAGUACGUUUCAAGGCUAAUGAGAUUUUAGGUAACAGAAGGCUUUAAAAAAGUAGCACCAUGCUCCUCUGGAUUGUUUGAGCUGCAAGGACAGCUGCUCUUUGGCCUUCAGCUGACCUCAGAAACUAGAAAUACUUAUUUUAGACUUUGUCCCAUUGGCCACUGUGGGCAAGGGUGGAAAGCACCUGCCAGGUGUUGCCAUAAGAUUGACUCGGCCUACAGGAAACUCGUACAAGCUUUGUGGGUUGAGAGCCCCUUCCCAGCCCUACCUUUUCUUGGCGUCAAAAACCACAGCAUGAGUUGAGCGCCCCCUGUGUGCGGAGCUAGGUAACGAGCAAACAAGGGUGGCGUUAACGCUCCUUCCUGGGCGUUUACCCAGUCUAUUACGUUUUCACGACCACCUUCCUGCUAGCACCUCUUGUUUAUCUUCUACAAAUGAUAAGACUAACUGACGAAGCACACUGGUCCAUGAGAUAGGACAUGUCCCUAUGGGUAACUGCCCUGUGACCUUGAGCAAGUUGCUUGCUCAGCGGGAGUUGACCCUGAGGUUUCUUCCCGUUCGAACACUCGGCCCUGCUCAAAAUCACGCGUGCUCCAUCACCGUUGGGACGAGGUCUCGAAACUGCAAGGCGUAAUUUCCCACCGCCUUCGUUCUGAGCGGGAGGAAGCGAGAGGUUGGAAGCGCGCGCCCCACCUCCUCCACAGAAACCCGGCAGUCAGGCCCGGCGCCCAAUUUCCCGGCUGAAACCAACUACGGUGCCCGGGGAGGGUCUCUUCAUUCCUCGCGAAGAUUUCCUUUUCCGCCAGUCACCGGUGAGGCCCGCCCCUCCUGUCACCGGAAGGGGCCGUUGCCCCGAGCAACUCUAACGUCCGGCUUUUCGAGUUUGGCGGCGGGAAAAGUCAUGAGUAAAAGCCGGGCCGAAGCUGCGGCCGGAGCCCCCGGGGUCCUCCUGAGGUACCUGCAAGAGCAGAACCGGCCUUACAGCGCCCAGGAUGUGUUCGGGAACCUGCAGCGGGAACACGGACUGGGCAAGGCGGCGGUGGUGAAGGCGCUGGAGCAACUGGCCCAACAAGGCAAGAUCAAAGAGAAGAUGUACGGCAAACAGAAGAUUUAUUUUGCGAACCAGGACCAAUUUGACAUGGUGAGUGAUGCCGAUCUUCAAGGCCUGGACGCCAAAAUCGUGGCCCUCGCUGCCAAGGUGCAGCAUUUGCAGCAGAGUUGCCGUCACAUGGAAGCUGAGCUGAAGGAGUUAAACAGUGCCCUGACCACACCGGAGAUGCAGAAAGAGAUCCAAGAGUUAAAGAAGGAAUGUGCUGGCUACACAGAAAGACUGAAGAACAUCAAAGCAGCCACCAACCAUGUGACCCCAGAAGAGAAAGAGCAGGUGUACAGAGAGAAGCAGAAGUACUGCAAGGAGUGGAGGAAGCGCAAGAGGUUGGCAACAGAGCUGUGUGAUGCAAUCCUUGAAGGAUACCCCAAGAGCAAGAAGCAGUUCUUUGUAAGUGGUUCUGUCUCCCUUCCUUGCUCCCCUGGGGUUUCAUCCAGGGAGGCCUCAUUCAGUUGUCUUGCUGCCCUACAGGAGGAAGUUGGCAUAGAGACUGAUGAAGAUUACAACGUCACCCUCCCAGACCCCUGAAAGCUCCUCAGGCAGGACUAGGGGAUGGAGACAGAAGUGUUCAGGCCAGCUUUUUGUUGUUUCUGCUGCUUUCCACCUUUGAACACAGCAGUUGGGAGGGGCAUAAACCAGAGUAUUAGGCAAAGGGAGGCAGCACUGGUUGCCUGGAGUGGAUGGUCAUACUCACUGCAUCGUCCACGUUUCAGUUGCUUGAGCUUAACAUUAGACUUGGAACAAUGCUAAA